AGCCAUCUUGCAAUGACGUGCAUUGCCCAUCCGGAACGACGUGCCAGAUGGUGGAAAACUCACCCAAAUGCGUCCCCGACAAGACAUCUUGCAAUGACGUACAUUGCCCGAAGGGGACAACGUGCAAGAUGGUGGAAACCUCACCCAGAUGCCUUCCUGUCACGCAGCCCCCACUUGUUUGCCAUGUUUUGGGGCGCUGGCGCUACCGGGCCUUUGAUGGGAAGAGCUAUGGCUUGGCGGGGGCUUGCACCCAGACGUUGGUGAGCACCUGCAGCACCCAACUGCCCACCCUCCAUGUCACGGCUGGCGGCCAGUUUGGCGCGGGGCCGGGCGCCUCCUUCGGCCACGUCACACUCCGCGGUGAUGGCUUCGAGGUCGUCCUGCACCGAGGCGAGGAGACGAUGGCGAGGGUGGCCGGGACCCGGAUCCCCCUGCCCCUCUCGUUGGCAGGGGGCCGGGUGCGCCUGGAGCGAAGAGGGGGACAGCGGCGGGUGGCCACAGCCAUAGGCGUGCGGGUGUCCGUUGGUGGGGACGGCGCCGUGACGGUGACGGCACCAGCGACGCUACGGGGACAGCUCUGUGGGCUCUGCGCCCAUCCUGAGGAUGGGGCCGGCGAGGGACAGGGGACACAGUGCUCCUCCUCCUGCUCAUCUAAACACCCCCAGGAGCCCUGUGCCCCCAUCCCCGUCCCCAACCCCGUCCCUGUCCCCAACCCCGUCCCCAUCCCCAAAUCCGUCUCCAACCUGGUCCCUAACCCCAUCCCCAACCCUGCCACCUGCUCAGCCCUGGGCAUGGGCCACGUCCGCACCUUCGACCGCCUCCACCACGACUUCUCCGGCUCCUGCAUCUACCUCCUGGCCGGACUCUGCCCCGGCACCCAGGGCCCAGAGCCCUUCCGUGUCCUGGUGCGGGGCGGCCUGGGUGGCAUCACCGGCGUCGAGGUCCUCGUGCGCCGCACGCGCGUGGAGCUGGAGCCCGGGCGGGUCGUGGUGAGUAAGGGAGGAGUAGGAGCACGGGAAUGGUGUUGUGAAGCUGGGGAGUGAGUAAGAGACGCAAGGAGGGAGUUGUGAGGAUGGAGUAAACCGGGAGGAAAGGGAUGGGUGCUGAGUAGAACUUCCUGCCCAAACUGGGAUUAAGUAGGGAUGUGUUGACCAACCAAGGGGGGAGUAAAGAGGGAGUAGCAGGCAAGUGAUGCAUAAAGAGUAAAGACCAAGUAAAUCCA